AUGGCGGAGCCGCCGCCUGCGGAGCCAGCGAGCAGGGAGGUGCGGGACCGCCUGAGUCUGUGGGACCGCCGCCCGCAGCCCUCCGCGCCGCUCAGCGACCGCCAGACGGACUCGGUGCUGGAGCUGAAGGCGGCAGCCGAGAACCUACCGGUGCCGCCCGAGCUUCCAAUUGAAGAUUUGUGCAGCCUAACAUCCCAGUCGCUAACUGCUACGCUGACAGCUGCGGUGCCAGAAUCCACAGAGGAUGUCCUCCUGAAAGGAUUUUCACUACUGGGGAUGGAGGAUGAAAGAAUUGAAACAGCACAGCAGUUCUUCUCCUGGUUUGCUCAGGUACAAACACAGAUGGAUCGAGAUGAAGGUGCCAAGUACAGACAGAUGAGGGAUUACUUGUCUGGCUUUCAGGAGCAGUGUGAUGCUAUCUUGGAUGAUGUGAAUAGUGCCCUUCAGCACCUAGAGUCACUGCAAAAACAGUAUCUUUUUGUGUCCACGAAGACAGGAACGCUGCAUGAGGCCUGUGAACAACUUCUGAAAGAGCAGUCAGAACUUGUUGACCUGGCUGAAAACAUCCAGCAGAAACUUUCUUAUUUUAAUGAGCUGGAAAACAUCAACACAAAAUUGAAUUCCCCUACACUGUCUGUGAAUAGUGAAGGAUUCAUUCCCAUGCUGGCUAAGCUUGAUGAUUGUAUUGCAUAUAUUUCAUCACAUCCAAACUUUAAAGACUAUCCUGUAUAUUUGAUGAAGUUUAAACAAUGCCUUUCUAAAGCUAUGCACCUUAUCAAGACAUACACUGUGAAUACACUACAGAACCUCACAAGCCAGUUAAUGAAAAGGGAUCCUUCAUCUGUGCCAAAUACUGACAAUGCCUUCACGCUGUUUUAUGUAAAAUUCAGAGCAGCUGCUCCCAAAGUCAGAACUCUUAUUGAACAAGUAGAGCAAAGAUCUGAAAAAAUGCCAGAGUAUCAACAGGUUCUCAAUGAAAUCCAUCAAUGUUACCUUGACCAGAGGGAGCUUUUGCUUGGUCCAAGUAUCGCCAGCACUGUUACAGAAUUAACCAGUCAGAACAACAGAGAUCAUUGUGCUCUGGUACGAAGUGGUUGUGCCUUUAUGGUCCAUGUAUGCCAGGAUGAACACCAGCUAUACAAUGAGUUCUUCACAAAACCAACACCAAAACUGGAUGAACUCUUGGAGAAGUUGUGUCUUUCAUUGUAUGAUGUCCUCAGGCCAAUGAUCAUCCAUGUCAUUCACUUAGAGACGCUUUCUGAGCUCUGCGGGAUUCUCAAGAAUGAGAUGCUUGAAGAUCAUGUACAGAACAAUGCUGAACAACUGGGUGCAUUUGCAGCUGGUGUCAAGCAGAUGUUAGAAGAUGUACAAGAACGCCUUGUCUAUAGGACACACAUUUACAUUCAGACUGAUAUCACAGGCUACAAGCCUGCUCCAGGUGAUCUUGCAUAUCCUGACAAGCUGGAAAUGAUGGAGCAAAUUGCACAGAGUUUAAAAGAGGAACAGAAGAAGCUGCCAUCUGAAGCUUCGUUUUCAGAUGUCCGACUAGAAGAUCCUGAGUCCUGCAGCUUAGUGAAAUCUGGUUCAGCAGAAUCCCUUAAUCCCAGGCACCAGACCACGAUUUCACCAGCAGAUCUGCAUGGAAUGUGGUAUCCUACUGUCAGAAGGACUCUAGUCUGCCUCUCCAAACUGUACAGAUGUAUAGACAGGGCAGUGUUUCAGGGAUUAUCACAAGAGGCCUUAUCUGCCUGUAUCCAUUCUCUGCUGGGAGCUGCUGAUUCUAUCAGCAAAAACAAGACCCAAGUUGAUGGACAGCUUUUCUUAAUAAAACACCUUUUGAUUCUCCGUGAACAAAUUGCUCCUUUCCACACUGAUUUCACCAUUAAGGAAAUUUCCCUGGACCUUAAGAAAACUAGAGAUGCAGCGUUUAAAAUCCUGAACCCUAAGACAGUUUCAAGAUUUUUCAGACUAAACAGCAACAACGCCUUGAUACAGUUCUUGCUGGAGGGUACUCCAGAAAUCAGAGAACAUUAUAUCGAUUCUAAGAAAGACGUAGAUCGUCAUCUGAAAUCAGCUUGUGAACAGUUUAUUCAGCAGCAAACCAAACAGUUUAUAGAGCAGCUGGAGGAGUUCAUGACAAAGGUAGCUGCUUUAAAAACAAUGGCCACUCAAGGAGGUCCCAAGUACAGCCUUUCGCAGCAGCCUUGGGCACAGCCAGCAAAGAUCAAUGAUCUGGUCUCUUCUACUUACAAGACAAUAAAAACAAAGCUGCCGUCAACAUUACGAAGCAUGUCCUUGUAUUUGUCCAACAAAGAUACAGAAUUAAUUUUGUUCAAGCCAGUUAGAAAUAACGUUCAGCAAAUGUUCCAGAAGCUCCAUGCUUUGUUAAAGGAAGAAUUUAGUGAUGAAGAUAUCCAGAUCAUAGCUUGUCCUUCAAUGGAACAGAUCAACUUACUUUUAUCAAUGUCGAAAUAGCCUGACAGUGAAGAUGCUUGAAAUAAGCUUCAGCUGAAUGCCAGACAGUGAAGGGAAUGCAAAGACAUUUGGUUGAAGUAAAUGAAGGAUUUAACUGUGCAGUCCAGUCAGCAUCAAAACUACCCAGUCUGCUUAACCAUGUUUUAGGAAGGAAAAAACCAACCACCACAAAAAA